AUUGAAUCCGGCCAGGUUACUUUUGUAAUUUCUCGAGUAUUUAUGUCUGUGGAAAAAACAACGGGGCGCUUAUCGUGGCGAUCACUAAACCCUAGCGUCAGUCGCGGCUGCAGCCCCCCUGUUUUAAAGGACCUUUGAAGAGCUACUGGUAAGAGUUCGCAAUGGCUCCUUCAAAGGUGGAUGCCGCCAAGAAGGCUGAUCCUAAAGGACACGCCUUGAAGGCUGCCAAAGCAUUGAAGUCAGGUGGCCCAGUGUUUAAGAAGAAAGCUAAGAAAAUCAGGACAUCUGUCACAUUUCAUCGUCCAAAGACAUUGAAGAAAGACAGGAACCCCAAGUAUCCUCGCAUCAGUGCACCACCAAGGAACAAAUUGGAUCAUUAUCAAAUUCUUAAAUACCCUCUUACUACCGAAUCUGCUAUGAAAAAGAUUGAGGAUAACAACACCCUUGUUUUCAUUGUUGAUCUCCGUGCUGACAAGAAGAAGAUUAGAGAUGCAGUGAAGAAAAUGUAUGAUAUUCAGGCCAAAAAAGUCAAUACUCUGAUCAGGCCUGAUGGAACAAAGAAAGCAUAUGUUAGGUUGACACCAGAUUAUGACGCUUUGGAUGUGGCCAACAAAAUCGGCAUUAUUUAAGGCUUUCUGUCUAGAGUCGAGCAAAGCCAAUCCAUUUUUGCUGAGAGUUUUUUGUUAAAAAUUUGCUUUGGGUUUUAGCACUGCUAUGUCUAUUUGAUUACUCUUAUGUAUAACUAGUUCACAUUCAAUUUUGGUUAUCUCAUCUCAUGAAUCAAGUUUUCAUACUA